CAGCGCAGCAAAAACAACAAUCGCGACUAGCACGGCAUCAGCGGUUAAUGUAUUUGGCUUUGAUGAAGUAUCCUAUGCGCAAAUUCAUGCACCAAUCGAUUUGUAUGAUUAUUUGGAGCUAUCUUUCAUGGUGAAACUACAACUGCCGAACGGCCUUUUAUACUUGCAACCGUCCGAACAUUGCUUUUUUUCGAUCUAUUCUCAAAAUGCAUUUCUCACUGUACAUUACACCACAGCUGAUGCACACGCUAUCCUCAGCUCACAGCAUCCACUUUCACUGGGAGCGUGGCACCGUGUUGAGGUCUGGAGAAGUGGUCGAGCUGUUUUGCUUAAGAUUGAUGAUCAGCCAUGGAUAGAAGACCGGAUAAAAAAAUCGGACGUCGAAGAAGAUGAAUUGCAAAAAUCAAGCAAAGCUGUUGCAUACUUUGGUGGAGCACCAACUGCCGAGAUAUCGCCCAGUUUACCAGUGCGUAAUGGACUAUCCGGAUGCAUGAAAAAGAUUUAUCACAAUGGUCGUUUUGUGGAUUUGAAGCGCGAUGCUCUGGCUACACGGAAGAUGCAUCAGUGUGGCUGGGAUGCUUGCGCUGAUGUCCAUUGUCAGGCUCAAGCGCAGUGUAUGGCUUACCGAGCUACACCUUACUGCAGGUGCAGAUUCCCGACAUUUGGUUUAAAUUGCGAGAAACGUUUCCUUGAGUACGAUUUGGAGCACCAAUGA